GCCCCGCCCGGCUCUCCGCGGAGGUUUCCUGGUUAAGAUGGCGGCCCAUGUGGCGGCGCAGGCCUGGAAACUACUGAGAAAACUGGCGCUCCGGUCCCCGCUCCUGGCGGCCAGGUCCCAGGUGGUUCACUUAACCCCCAGAAGAUGGUUGAACCUGCAGGAAUACCAGAGCAAGAAACUAAUGUCUGACAACGGAGUGAAAGUUCAAAGAUUCUUUGUAGCAGACACUGACAAUGAAGCUCUGGAGGCUGCUAAGAGACUAAUGGCUGCAAGAAAAUUGGUUGAAGAGUGUAAAGUGUCAGAGAGAAGCCCGUUGCUUGAUGCAAAAGAAAUUGUUUUAAAAGCCCAGAUCUUAGCUGGAGGAAGAGGAAAAGGUGUCUUCAGUAGCGGUUUGAAAGGAGGCGUUCAUUUAACAAAAGAUCCUAAAGUGGUGGGACAGCUGGCGAAACAGAUGAUUGGGUAUAAUCUAGCAACAAAACAAACUCCAAAAGGAGGUGUGAAAGUUAACAAGGUGAUGGUUGCUGAAGCCUUGGACAUUUCUAGGGAAACCUACUUGGCCAUUCUGAUGGACCGGUCCUGCAAUGGCCCUGUGCUGGUGGGCAGCCCUCAGGGGGGCGUUGACAUUGAAGAGGUGGCAGCUUCGAAUCCAGAACUUAUUUUUAAGGAGCAAAUUGACAUUAUUGAAGGGAUAAAGGACAGCCAAGCUCAGCGGAUGGCCGAAAAUCUAGGCUUCUUUGGGCCUUUGAAAAACCAGGCUGCAGAUCAAAUUAAGAAGCUGUAUAAUCUCUUCCUGAAAAUUGAUGCUACUCAGGUGGAAGUGAAUCCCUUUGGUGAAACUACAGAAGGACAAGUUGUCUGUUUUGAUGCCAAGAUAAACUUUGAUGACAAUGCAGAAUUCCGACAAAAGGACAUAUUUGCUAUGGACGACAAAUCAGAGAAUGAACCCAUUGAAAAUGAAGCUGCCAAAUAUGAUCUAAAAUACAUAGGAAUGGAUGGGAACAUUGCCUGCUUUGUGAAUGGUGCUGGACUCGCCAUGGCUACCUGUGACAUCAUUUUCUUGAAUGGUGGGAAGCCAGCCAACUUCUUGGAUCUUGGUGGUGGUGUAAAGGAAUCUCAAGUAUAUCAAGCAUUCAAAUUACUCACAGCUGAUCCUAAGGUUGAAGCCAUCCUAGUCAAUAUUUUUGGCGGAAUCGUCAACUGUGCCAUCAUUGCCAAUGGGAUCACCAAAGCCUGCCGGGAGCUGGAACUCAAGGUGCCACUGGUGGUCCGGCUUGAAGUGUAUUGGCCAGAACUCAGUCACAUGAGCCUCCCGUCUGCGAGGGGACCCGGGAAAUGCAGCUCCUGUGUGGGCAGCCACUUCCCAGCAGUAGCUCUCCCCCUCCCGUAGCAGAGGAGCAUGGAUCUUUGGAAGACAGCCAGCCAUGACUGCCACAGAGACUUUGCCUUUUACAAAAUGCUUUCACAUGUAUUAUUUCAUUUGCUUCUCAUGGCAACCUGUGCUACCAGCAUUAUUACCUCAUUUUAAAGACAGGGAAACAGACAAGCAUGUCGUUAAAACAUAAUUAAAAAGAGCAGGAUUCAAGUACCGUCUCUGCCUCUUACAACCUGUGUGACUAUGGAGAAGUUCCCCUAUGAACCUCUCUGUGCCUCAGUUAUCUCAUCUGUGAAACAGGGACAAUGGGAUUUAUUCAUAGUCAUUGUAAAGUUUUCAUAUGCCCCAUGUAAGUCACUUAGCAUUAUGUCUGGUAUGCAAGAUUAGCAUUGCACUGGUUUGCAAGUGUUUAAUCAGUAUUAGUUAUGAGGAAGAUGAUCACAAUGUUAUGUCUGGAGAUAAAGAAGUUGAGGCACAGAGGAGUUAAAUGAUUUACCCAAAAUUAUGCAACUAAUAGAGUGGCCAGCCAGGAUGGGUGGCUGGGAAUUUUAGGUAAGAACUUCCCUACCUUUCAAGUUCUUGCUUGCCCUAGAGGGCAAGACACAGUGCCCAGUGUCCCCUUCACCAUGGCUCUGGUGGACCCAGGGUCCCGGGAAAAUCAACACUGCAUCGCCUUCUCAGCUCAUCUGCUCCUCCUUAACUUGGCCUUUGCCUUUUUGUAUGAAACAUGCUGACCGAGCACCUCCUUUUAAUUUAUGCUCGGAGGUCCUCCAAGGCCUAUAUUUCAAGGUCUUUGUUUAUAAAUAGGCUCUGUCUUGCUAACUAGAUGAAAGCACGGGAGAUGAUGUAAGAUGAGAUGUUUCAUUAAGACACUUAAAUUUUAUCACAUUUCUCCCAGGGGCUUGUUCACACUGAAAGAAGAGAAAAGCAUUUCGCAUGUUAAAUAGUCAUCGAAGAACACAUUUGGGUAGGGUAGCUUGGCCGGCAAAUGCUACAGAUCCACAAGGAAUGGCCAGGAGACAUCAUCAGAGGCUACAAUGUUCAUUUUCAUGGCAUCUGACCUUUUUGUUAUAUAGAGUGGGGAAGAAGCAUAAAUGGACACAUUGAAUACUGUCAUUGUCUCCAAGCAGUGGAUUCAUGGCCUUAGGUGGGCAGAUUCUCUGAACUUCAGAUCUCAGAUUAGGUCACAGCUCAGACCCUUCGUUUCAAGAGAUCAUUAAGACAAAAGACUUCUGGAAUGGGCCAAAACCGCAUUAAGUCCACUUGAGUGGACUUACCAGCAGAAAUUUCAGCUUCUAUCAGUAAAAAAUGUCCAUUAGCCUCUUGCAAGUCCUAUCUUUCAUCUUUU